AUGCUGCGAGCGAAGGUGCUGCCGGAGGUUCUGGGUCAGAUCGUGGGCGACGGCAUCACCGCCUGCAUGCUGGUGACGCUGGAGGGUGCGCUCGUGGGCUCCGUGGGUGACGGAGAGGCUGUGGAUCAUAAGGUGGUGGGAGCCAUCGCCUCCCAUACCUGGGGCGAGUAUCUACAUGCUGGCAAAGAGGCCAAUCCUGCUGGAGAUCUGCGCACCAUGCUCGUCGAGCUCGAGGCAAGUCGUGGACGUCUGGCGAUGACAGUGGCGGGCAAGAGCUUCCUGCUAUGUGCAUACUCAAGCACCGAAACACCGGCUGGACUGCUCAAGGCUAAGGUGGAGACGCUGGGAGCAUAUUUGACAGCGUCGCUGGACCAGAUUGAAAUGUAG